GCAGGAUCACAUGACCAGCAGGCAGCCAAUCACAGGCUGUGGUGUUGAUACGUGGCCGCGCUGGCUACUUUUCAGCAGGAAGAGACGCCGCUCUGUGUUCCGGUUAAUUCCCGGUAGUUUGGAUCAGAACCGAGCCUCCUCUGUCUCCAGCUGCUGUUACCGGUUACCGGAGCUCCAUGUCCGCUGCGGAGGGGAGGAGGAGAGGCUAACCGGGGAGCUACCGUCAGCCCACCGCUCGGUGCCGGUGACCGUCAGAGCUGUGACCGUCAGCCAUGAGCGCCGAGCCGGACGCCCUCGCCGUGGUCAACCAGCUGAGGGACCUGGCUGCAGACCCCAUGAACCGCAGGGCCAUCGUCCAGGACCAGGGCUGCCUGCCAGGACUCAUCCUGUUCCUGGACCACCCCAACCCUCAGGUGGUCUACUCCGCCCUGCUGGCCGUCCGGUACCUGGCAGAAUGUCGAGCCAACCGGGAGAAGCUGAAGGGGGAGCUGGGGAUGAUGCUGAGCCUCCAGAACGUGGUUCAGAAGUCGACGACUCCCGGAGAGACGAAGCUGCUGGCGUCGGAGAUCUACGAGCUCCUGCAGGCGUCCAGCGGCACCGAGUCGGAGCCGGCCGAGGAGACCGUCAGCAGCCGGAGGAAGGCCCAGUUCUUCCUGGGCUCCAGCAACAAGAGGGCCAAGACCAUCAUCCUGCACAUCGACGGGCUGGACGACUCGGGUCGGAGGAGUCUGUGUGAGGAGGCUCUGCUGAAGAUCAGAGGAGUCAUCAGCUUCACCUUCCAGAUGGCCAUCAAGAGAUGCAUCGUCCGAAUCCGCUCAGACCUGAAGGCCGAGGCUCUGGCCUCUGCGAUCGCCUCCACUCAGGUGAUGAAGGCUCAGCAGGUGGUGAAGACCGAGAACGGAGAAGAGGUGUUGAUCCCGUUGGUGGAGGACGGCUCGGUGGAGGUGGAGCAGAACGUGGACCUGCCGGACUAUCUGCCCGAAGACGAGAGUCCGUCUCAGGAGCCCGACAAAGCGAUGAGCCGGGUGGGAUCGGGACAGGACGGGGCCAGCUGGCUCGGGGCUGCCGCCAACUUCCUGUCACGCUCCUUCUACUGGUGACCCAGCAGAGGGCGCCGACCCCCUCACCCUCCGUCAAACCCCCACCACCAAAACCUUCCAGCUGCCAAAUCUCACUGCCAGAGAGGCUGUGAACCAGAACCGCCCUCUCCGGGCCACUCGUCAGUUUCCAUGGCGACGCCGUAAACGGGUGUUACUAACCAAAUUGUCUUAACGGACGGGAGGCGUCCUGAAGCGACGUGAACAAACAUUGAAAUACACAGACCUGAACCAGGACCUUUGACCUGUUGAGUAUUUAUUGGACCAAACCGGGUCCACAAACACCAGCCUCCUGCUGGGACAUGUUUUAUCCAGAGUUUCCUGGUCUGCAGUCUGGGACCUACAACAAAGUUCUGAAAGACUUCUAUUUAGUUUUACCCUCAACAAACCAUCUCCCUGACAAGCCGUUUAAAGGCUAUCAUAGCUGCUUCAGUUGAAACCUACUGGACUUCUCUUGUUGCCCAAUCUGAGGUGGUCUUCAAGAACCUCCAAGAGAGGUCCAGGGGGUUUCUACUGAAUCAGCUACGAUUAUUUAAAGGUUCAGCAUCUCCAGAAAUAAAACUCCAGCAGCCAUGAAAAGUGGUUAGAACAGACUGGAUAGUUUCAUCACAACAACUGAAUGAAUCCAGCCGAGGACAUAGUUUCGUGAAUGGAGAAAAGUGAAAAAUAAUAUAACUUUCAGAAAUUCCUUUGUUUAUCUGUGGAUGGAACCAUAUUUCUAGUAAAAUCCAGUCUUUGGUCCAGAUUUCUCCAACUGUUGAGGCUCUAACAUCAGUAGAAUCUGAUGUGAGGAAAGUUUAAGAUGUUUAGACUAAAUGUUGAUGUGGACUCAUUGGUAGGAACCAGAACCUGGAGUUCAUAGAGGUCUAGAUGUUCAUGGAGGUCUAGAUGUUCAAUUAACGUUUGAGGCUGAUUUGACCUUAAAGAAUGUUUCCAUCCAGAUGUCUGUCUGUUCUCACCAGGUUUCAUGACUUCAGAAGUUUUGUUUCUGGACAUACUGAACCUUUAAAUGGCUUCACAGCUAAGACAUUAUUAAACGAUGAAACAGAGAAUUUCCCAGGUGUGGAAAAAUAGGAAAUUCUCCAAAUUCUGCCAAUUUUAAAAAAAUCAUAGAACUUAGUUUUUGGCCCCAAUUAACAGAAUUAUGAAGACUGAACAAAAUCAACACGUUUCUGAUUUAUGUCUGAAGCUGCAGAGACUUUCUUUAUUGGUGAUCUAUUGAGCUGAACUUUGAUCACAUCUCUGAAGUCCUGCCAACUUCUCAGAACAAACAGUACUCACCUUCAUUCCACUGAUUAGUCAUUCCAUCAAACAUCAACCAGAGCCUCAGACCAGAACCUCCUCAGAACAUCUGCUUCUUUAUCUUCAGUAACUUUAUCAAUGAUCAGAGUUCUGCCUUCAUACUGGGAAUAUUUCCAGAGUUCCAGGUCCUUGAAGUCCAUAGAGGAGAACGUCUCCUGGAGAAAGUUCUAGGGUAGUAGUUGUCCGUAGUGUCUGCUCUAGAACUUUCUCCAGUUGUCAGUAGGUCUGCUCUAAAACUUUCUCUGGUUGUCGGUAGGUCUACUCUAGAACUUCUCCAGUUGUCGGUAGGUCUACUCUAGAACUUCUCCAGGUGUCGGUAGGUCUACUCUAGAACUUCUCCAGUUGUCGGUAGGUCUACUCUAGAACUUCUCCAGUUGUCGGUAGGUCUACUCUAGAACUUCUCCAGUUGUCGGUAGGUCUACUCUAGAACUUCUCCAGGUGUCGGUAGGUCUACUCUAGAACUUCUCCAGGUGUCGGUAGGUCUACUCUAGAACUUUCUCCAGGGGACGUUCUCCUUUCCUGCUUCCAGUCUUUAAGUUUAGUCUCACUUAGAACAUUCCAGGUCUUUGAAGUCCGUAGAGGUGGAUCCAGAUUUAUCACUUUUUAAUGGACUUUUUCAGAACUUCAUCAGUUCAGCAGAUAGAAUAAUGACAUUUAGGAAGAGAAACAUCUGAGUUGUGGUAAAAACUGACACCAGAUCAGUUUAAAUCCAUCCAGGUCUAAAUAAUAAAUUAUAUUUUUGGUAUACAGGAUUUUUUUUCUUGAACUUUGGGAUCAUUUUGACGAUUUUUAUCAUUCUUAACAAAUUUUGGCUUUUCAGACACAUUUUAAAGCUGUGGUGGACAAUUAUUGACUCUUUUGGUUCAGGUUUGGACCAUCUUUGAUGAUUUUGUGCAAGUUUUAUUUGAUUUAUGGAAAUUUUUGAGUGACUGAACAAAUUUCAUUUUAUUUUGAAUAAUUUUCUAACAACUUUGUGGUAAUUUUGGACAAAGUCUGAGUCAGAGCACUGGAUUUAUGUCAAUUUGACAAAUUAAAACAAAAAAACUUUAGUUAUUUUUCAAAGAAAUUUAAGUUCGUUUGACAGCCUUUUGCAUUUCUGGACAAAUUGUAUGUAGUUCUAUGUAAUUUCCUCUACAGCCAGCUGUGAUCAUCAGUAUUAUGGGAUGUAUCCUGGUGUGAACAGUUUAGAGUCCUAGAAACAAUUAUUGGUUCCCUGGAUGUGUUUCUGAUUAUCUACCAGAGAAACUUUAAUGUUGGUAGGAGGUUGGUCAGAACUAGAACCAGGACCAUCUAGAGACUGGAUCCACUCUGGGUGACUUUAAUGUUAGUCAGAACAGGUUCUAGUCACUGUGAAGGUAGAACUUUGCUUCGUUCCAUAAAGUUACUGUAGAUAAAGAGUCAGCAGGUUGUGAGGAGGUUCAUCCAGUUUGGGUUGAUUUUAUGCCGUCAUCAGUGGAGUCAGAAACAGAACAAGUUCUCAGUAGAAGUGCAGAUAUAGUUCAUAUGUUCAUAGAUUUCAGAUGCUGAAACCAGGUUUCCAUCUGAAUGAAGUUCAGAUUUCUGCAGAACUUCCAGAACUCAUCAGCAUGAGAAGGUUGUGGGUGUGGUAGUGUUUUAGAUGAGGAGGUCACAGGUUUGAUUCCUGGUGGCUUCAGUCCGUCUUCAGGUCAUCUGGACCGUCUGUUUACACCGACAGAGCCAACGCCUUCAGACUGAGCUCUGACGUUGGAGCUCUGACGUUGGAGCGCCGGAUCAGAUCUCUGGUCCGGCUUCAUGGAGCGAUGUUACCCAUUCUUACUUCCUCUACUGGAGACCAGUUACAGUUUGUGACUCUUUUUUCUUUUGCACAUUUAAAUGUGAUGUUUUAGGAGGAGGAAUGAGCAGCCUGGACUUCAUCAGAACCAGCUGAUGAACUUCAUUUCCUGCUGGCUGAUCAAACGUCAGAAACUUUCCAGCUUCAUACAUCCAGGUUUUAUCUGAGCACAAGUCCAAAACCCCCCAUUUAGCUUCCUAAGAAGUGUGAUGAAACUUGACUUUCAAAAACAGAAGUGUGAUUUCUCCUUCCUGCAGCAUUUCCAGCCUUCACAGAGUCCUGUUCUGUCCACAUGUCGGCUGGGAUGAGUUUAAACCCAGAAUCCUGAGAGAAAAAGUCUGACUUCUGACCGAAAAGACAGAAACCUGAAAUUAAAGUCAAAGUGUAGAGAAAACAAGUAAAACAUAAAGAGAUUCGAGUCAGAGUUUAGGGAGGAAAUGGACAGAACUGAGAGAGAAAAGUCAGAAAUCUACGUUAAAUUCUGGGGAAAAGGACUUAAUUCAGAAGGAAAUAAUAAAAAUUCCAACUUCAAAGACAGAAAUGUGAAAUUAGUGUGAGAAUUUAUAGAACACAAGUUUAAAUUCAGAGUUCAGAGAAACAAGGAAAAAAAUGAUUUAAAAGACAGAAGGUUCAGAUAAAGUCAGAAUUUAAAGAUAAAAAGUCAAAAUUCUGAGUUUAAAAUAAGAAUUUUGGAAAAAUAGGAAGAGUCAGAAUUUUAGAUAAAGCAGAAAAUCCAGAGGAGGAAAGUCUAAAUUCUGGCAUCAAAGUCAGAAACUCACGAGUUAAAGUCAGAACUGGUGGAAAAAAGUCAAGUCUGAAUUUAAAAUCGAAAAUUAAAGUCAGAUUUCUGGGUUUCAAGUCAGAAUUUGGUGAAAAAACGUAAAAAAAAAAUCUCAGUUUUAAAGACUGAAAUUUGAGUUUAAUGUCAGAAUUCUGUGAAAAAAUGAAUUUAAAGUUGGGAUUUUGAGAUUAAAGUCAGAUUUUUUUUUAAACGGAUGUCAGAAUUUGGUGGAAAAACAAAGUCAAGUCUGAAUUUUAUAGCUGAAAUUUGAGAUUAAUAUCAGAAUUCUGUGAAAAAUAGUAAAGAAACAGAUUUUAAAGUCGGAAUGUGGUGCAAAAGAAAAUCAGAAUUCUGAGUUUUAAAUGUGAAAUUUGAAAUUAUUGUCUGAAUUCUUUGACAAACGGUCAAAAGUCUGAGUCCAAAAUCAGGAAUUUGAUAAAAGAAAAAGGUCAGAAUUUGGUUGGAAAAACGACGUAAUCGUGGGUUUAAAACUCUGAGGUUGUCAGUCUGGUUUCCUUCAGGUGGACGUGUUCCAGCUGUUCACAUUUAAAGGUUUUUUAUUUUACAGAGAAUAAACCUGCAUGAGCUCAUCCUUCCUCUCAGGUUUCCUUCCAGUUUGAAGCAGAUUCAUGAGGAAGGUGUUUUCCUGAAUAAUGUGGGUUCUUCAUCAGCUGCUGUGUUCAUUCCUUCACGUUUGAAUAAAAACACUCAAAUGA